AUGUAAUUAUAGAUUAGAAUCUUUUUUAAUAUCUAAUAUCCUUUCUUGAUACUACAACUAUCAUCAAAAGUGUUUAAAAUCAGACAUUGGAAGAAUAACUUUAAGAAAUUUAUAUUUGGAAGAGUAUGCAAGCCAUUGGAUCAUAGAUUAAUCUCUUAAUUCAUCAUCGAUCAAAGGUGUAGUUAAUUUAUUUUCUGGGAUUGGGUAAUUGAUUUUAAAAGGUUAAACUUAUAAUAUUCUCAACAAUAUAAGUAGUAUUCAUGUCAGCAAUCAGUUGAAGCAACUAAUAUAUAAAAAGAUAUUGAUAGAACCUUCUCAUAACAUUAGUACUUCAAACAAAUUCAUAAUCGACAAAGAUUGCAAAGAAUUCUUAUAGCCUUAUCUAAAAUACAAGAAUAAAUUGGCUAUAUUUAAGGAUUCAAUUAAAUUGCAGGUUGUUUCCUAAUAAAUGGUCUAAAUGAACAACAAACAUUUUGGAUAAUGUAUUAUAUUUUAAAGAAAAUGAAAUAUUCUACAAUUUUCGAAGAUUAAUUUAAUGAACUUAAAUUUUUGAAUUUUACUGUUGCAGUUUUUCUAAGGAAUUAUGUUCCAUUUUUAUCUGAUGAAUUUUUAUAAAACAAAAUAGACAUUGGAAUCAUAACAACUAGAUGGUUUUUGGUGAUCUUUGGCUAUGAUUUACCUCAGUAAUUAUUAAUUUAAGUUUGGAAUAUGUUCUUAUUAAAAGGCAUAAAAAUAUUAAUACGAGUCUCAGUGGCUAUUUUUAAAUUAGUUUCUGAAUCUUAAGGAAUAGAUGAUUUAUAUGAAUUGCUCAAAGAAAAUUUAUUUGAUCUCCUAGAAACUAAUGUUUAAUUGCAACAGAAGUUGAUUGAAUAUUUCUUAACCAUCAAAAUAACCAAUCGUUUAAUAAGAGAAUUAAGAUAUAAAUUUGAGACUGGAGAUGAAUCACUAAUUCUCUCAUUUGAUUCUGACUAAAAAAAACAUUAUUGGAGAAAAGGUGCUGAUGGUGCUCGAAGUUUAAUUAGCUCAUUUAAUGAGAUAAUUAGUGAAAUUUAAGAAGAAAAAGAUGCAUGCUUUUAGCGAUCUUAAUUGUUCAUGAAUGCUUUUUUUCCUAAGUUGAUAAACAAAAAUUAUUUAGAAAGUUCAGAAGGCAAAAAGAACGUAUCUAUUAAAAUUGAAAAAUAACCUUAGCUGAUCAAAGGAUAAAUUAUAUCUUAACAAUUUAAUCUAUCGAUUCCAUAAUCUGCUAAUGGAGAUUAAGUAAUGAUUUUCAAUAAUUAGGAAUCUAACAUAUAUGCAGAUGAACUCUAGAGUAGAAUGAGUCCAAAGGAAGAUGAAUCUAUAGAACUUGAAUGUACUCCAGAAAAAAUAUUCAAAUUUUCUAAUAAAAAAAGAUGA